GAGAAGGACGCAGCAUAAAAAGAAUCCCAAGUGAAGCAGCAAGCAGCGACUAACACGCACGCUACGAAGGCAGCUCUCUUCCUUUCUUGCCCUUCAAGAGAUUGCAAGGGCGAGAGGAGACCGAAGAGCGCGACCGAUGGGAUUGGACUACUACAAGACGCUGGGAGUCGACCGCAAUGCCUCCGACGACGACCUCAAGAAGGCCUACCGCAAGCUCGCCAUGCGAUGGCACCCCGACAAGAACCCCGACAACAAGAAGGACGCCGAAGCCAAGUUCAAGCAGAUCUCUGAAGCCUAUGAUGUGCUGAGCGAUCCUCAGAAGAGGGCAAUUUACGACCAGCACGGGGAGGAAGGGCUCAAGGGCCAAGUCCCGCCUCCCGGCGCUGGGCCCUCCGAGUUCUUUGGCGGUGCUGCCGGCACCAAGUUCAGGUUUAACCCCAGGAGCGCUGACGAGAUCUUCUCCGAGUUCUUCGGCGGCUCUAGCCCUUUUGGCGGAGGCAGCAGCGGCGCCAAGUUUGCAGAUGUCUUUGCUGCAUUUGGGAGCGGGCGCAGCGGAGAAGCCUCUGCGAGUGCUCUGAGGAAGGCGCCCGCGAUAGAGAGGGUUUUGGUUUGCAGCCUCGAGGAUCUGUACAAGGGGGCCACCAAGAAGAUGAAGAUCUCGAGGGAUGUUAUUGACGCUAGUGGGAAACCAACUACUAUAGAGGAAAUAUUGACGAUCAAUAUCAGGCCUGGUUGGAAGAAGGGCACAAAAAUCACAUUCCCAGAGAAGGGCAAUGAACACCGAAACUUGAUUCCUUCAGAUCUGAUCUUUAUCAUUGAUGAAAGGCCACAUGGUGUCUUUAAGAGAGAUGGAAAUGAUUUGUUCGUCAGCCAAAAAAUCUCUCUUGUUGAAGCCCUCACAGGUUAUACUGUACAGCUCACAACUCUAGAUGGUCGGAAUCUUACUAUUCCUAUCAAUUCGAUAAUCAGCCCCACCCAUGAGGAAGUUGUUCAGGGAGAAGGGAUGCCAAUCACAAGGGAAGCACCUAAGAAGGGUAACUUAAGGAUUAGAUUUCAAAUUAAGUUUCCCACUAGACUUACACCUGAACAGAAGGCUGGCAUCAAGCAACUGUUGGCUCCUUCCUGAUUGGCCGGCAUAUACCUUUAUGACACUGAAUGUAUAUUACUUAAUGCCCCACAUCGUGGUUUUUGGAAGAUCAAGAAUUUAAGAUGGACUGUAAUUUUCUUUUUUUUGUUUUUUCGAAGUAACUUUAUGAGACUCUUUUCUAGUUUGCUUAAUGACGUAGGUCAAGUUAAUUUGCUGAUUGUAAAGAUGUUUGGUCUA